CCAACAAGCAUUGUUCCCUGCAGUGUUUGCCAAGAUUGUGCAACUUGGGAUUUCUCUCUGCUUCACUAUCUAGUGAACAUGGCCAAUGUGGUUUCUUUGCAAUGGAUUGCGGCACUGUGCAUGUUUUGCUCAGUGUCAGGUGAUGGCUGCUCCCUCAUCCUCAAGCCCGCCAGGGCGGUGGUGGGCUUCGGAGAGCCGGUGUCAGUCAGUUGCGAGGCAACCCGGCCGGUGCGCGUGCUAGGUUGGGAGUCGGCCAUCAGCGCCUCUCACACCCAGCGAGGUCCAAGCGUCCAGUGGAAGGUGGACAGCCUCAUCGACUGGAUCGAAGAGCCCAUCUGCUACGGGGUCUUCUUCACAGCGCCACGCCAAUGCGAGGAAAAGCUCAAUCUCGUCCUCUACAAAAGCCCAGACAGUGUCACUAUCAAGGUGGCGAAUCACACUGGACCGAUGGUGGCAGGAAGGGAGUACAAUCUACUAUGUGAGGUCCAGAACAUAGCUCCUGUUCAGUACCUCAACUUGAGGUGGUACAGGGGACUCAGCGAGGUGUACAACCGCUCCUUUACCGACCUCACUUCUCCCUCGCCGGUGCAAGUCUCGUCCAUCUUGGUCAUCACACCAUCUAAGGACGAUGAUGGCGCCCAGUACAGCUGCGUGGCUGAGCUGGAACUCGGGCCAGAGGGGCCGCAACCCUCCCCGACUGUCACUUCUGACCCACUGAAAGCAUCUGUCUAUUUUCCACCAAUAUUCCAAACUCCCGGCGCAGAAAUCGUGGACUUUGAAGAAGGCGGUGAAAUGACGCUGAACUGCACCGCAGCAGGGAAACCAGCACCAGUCUACAGCUGGCAACCGGAGACUGAGGAUGGCCACGAUGCUGUGCUUGCCUCCUCUUCGCUGCUACCUGGAACCUACACUUGCACAGCCUCCAACAUGCUCGGGAAGAACAGCAAGCAGUUCAUUGUCAAAACCAAGAGCAAAGGUGGAGAGUAAACAGAAAAAAAUGAAACAACCACAAGGGAUUUUUACAACACACCCUGUAUUUAUGUAAAAUUUGUCACAGUUUUAACAUUUAUGGUGUAUUGUACGCCCAUGUCACAAUAAGAAAGUGUUUGGCACAAUAAACACAUCUUCAAAAAGAGACUUUAAACAUGUAAUGCCACUAGCAGAUUCAAGGUUUCUGUCAAAAUACACACUAAAAAUGGAAUUAUAUUCUCACUACUCAAAGAGAUAUUUAAGGCACCACUGUACAUUUUCAUAUUAUCGUUAUAAAAAUGCUUUAGUGCAGAUAAAGGCCUCCCUACUAACCUCGAAUUAGUUGACUAUUUGACCAUUCUAUGGAUUUUAGCCUGAAAUAUUGUCUUAUUUACAGUAGGUUAUGCUAAAUCAUUUUGCAUAUUGGCGAAAUCAACCUGUAAGAUUACACAUGCUUUUUAGAUUUUGUCAAGGAAGUGGUCACUGUAAAUAUUGCUUGUUUUGUCAAUUAACGACAUUAUUGUCAAUGUAAUCUUUUGGUAUGGAUGAA